AGUUCAGGUCACAACAUUCUUUACUACGUUGGAGGACAAAAAAAAAAAACUCGCUUUGCAAAUAUACCGUAAUUUUAAUCACGUAAGUUGAAUCACAAUUAAAUUACUAUGAAAAAGAAAAAGAAAGGGGAGGGUUUUAAAUGGCUGGGUGGAGUGACGGGUUGUACAUCGCUUAACAAAUUGCGAGUUAAGCUACGCCCUUAAAUUGUUACUGGUUUUUUAAUUUAAUUUUUAGUGAACGUCUGCAAAAGUAACUCGCAAUAUCCAUUAUCGCUUUUUAACGUUCUGAAUUCAAAUCAAGCCCUGUUUAACAGUAAAUUUCCAGGUUCGAUAAAUUGAGAUACCAGUCAAGUAUUGAAGUCGUUUAUAUUACUUACCUCUUCUCCAUAAAAUCGCUAGCCUUCUGCUUAAAUUAGAAAUACUUCAGUAGCAAUCUUUUUUUCUUUUUCAUCCGAUAUUAUUUUGACUUUUCUUUGAUGUUAACUUUAUUACAGCCGACAUUAGUUAUAUGAUGAAAACAGUUGUGUAGUUAGCUUUUCUAUAUUGAUUUUGACAGUCGUUCAUCAGCAAAUUCUAAGACAAUGGAUACCCUCAGCUUCUUUACUAUACCGAAUUGUGUUCUCCUCUCAAUUGUUCUUCUGCUAUUAUAUAUACUGGCAAAAAAACCAUAUGAUUACUUCAAAAACAUCAAUAUUCCUGGCCCAGAGCCAUGGUUCUUUUUUGGAAAUAUGUUACAACUCAUGAAGAAGGGAAUGGCAAAGUUUGACAAAGAAAUGAAACAGAAAUAUGGAAAAGUAUUAGGAUUUUACAUUUGUAAUCAACCUCAUAUACUCAUCAGUGACCCAGAAAUGGUUAAAGAAAUUUGCAUCAAACAAUUUGCUGUAUUUACAAACAGAUACGAUAUGUUUCCACCAGACAGAGUUGGGGAUAAAUUCCUAAGCUUUCUCACAGACUUACAUUGGAAGUUUGCCCGUACUGUACUACUCCCAACCUUCAGUACCAGUCACUUAAAACAGACAAUGGGAAUUAUGAAUAGAGUUGCGAAAAACCUGGAAGAAAACUUUUCUCUUUUUGCUGACAGUGACAAAGCUGUUGAAAUGAAACAAGUAUUUUCAUGUUACACAGUUGAUAUGAUUGCAUCUACUGCGUUUGGCAUCGAAGUUAAUUCACAGAAGAAUCCAGAUCAUUCAUUAAUAAAAUGCUUUGACAAAUUCUUUUAUGUCAAUUUUUAUGACCCGAUCACUUCUGUUCAAACAUUAUUUCCAGUAAUUCCAAAAAUUCUGGGUACAUUCGGAAUCAAAAGUAACUUUUCCAGUUCAUUGCAGUCUCUCGCUAAGUUUUCCAAAGAUGUUAUAGCAGAACGGAGAAAAAAUAAAACGGUAAGACAUGAUUUUCUCCAACUUUUGUUGGAUGCAAAACUUGAAAAUGUUGAUAAAAUUGAUGAUGAUAUGAAACACGAACUGGAAACACUCACAUUUGAGAACAUGAGUGACUGGAGGUCAAAAAGAGGUUUAACAGAUGAAGAAAUUGUUGCACAGGUGGUGUUGUUCUUAUUUGCUGCAGACUUAACAACUUCAACUGCGUUGUCGUUUUUUUCAUAUAUCCUUGCACUCAGCCAGAAAUACAGCAGAAGGUAUAUGAUGAAGGAAGAACCUACGGUUGAAAAUUUGAACACACUAACUUACCUCGAUAUGUGUAUGUCUGAAUUACUUAGAAUGUAUCCUGCAUCACUCAGGCUUCAGAGGUAUGCCAAGGAAACUGUUAAGAUAAAGGACUGGAUAAUUCCGAAAGACAUUCCUAUAGACAUAUCUAUUUAUAGCCUUCAACAUGACCCUGAAUACUGGCCAGAACCACAUAAGUUUAUUCCAGAAAGAUUUGCACCUGAAGCAAAAGACAAAUUGAAUCCUUAUACCUUCUUACCAUUCGGCAUUGGACCAAGAAUGUGUAUAGGCAUAAAAAUGGCAAGAUUGGAAUUUAAGCUUGCUAUCGCUACCAUAAUCAGAAAAUAUAAAUUUGUGAAAUCUCCGAAAACCGAGGUUCCUCUUAAGACAAGUGGGCAAAUAUUUCUUUAUGCAAAGAAUGGAAUAUGGUUGAAGGCUGAAAAACGAUAAUCUGAAAUUUGCCAAAGAAAUGCUGCUGUGCUAUAAUGUUCUUCACAUUUCUACCAAUAAAAUUACUUUCUGUAGACAACACCAGAAUAA